GAGUCACCGUGUGCAUUAGUUUCAUCAAAAUUCGGUUGGACAGCAAACAUGCAACGUAUUGUGACAUCUCAAACACACGCCAAAAGCAGUGAUGUCCAGAGGGAUUAUUAUCUUAGCCAAAAGAAGACGUUAGAGGUAAAUCCUCGUCACCCACUGAUUAAGGAACUCUUAAAACGUAUUGAAGAUGAUCCAGCAGAUGCUACAGCAAAGAACAUAGCUACAAUGAUGUAUCAUACAGCUACGCUAAGAUCUGGUUACAUGCUGAAGGAUACAGUUACUUUUUCAAAGUCUGUAGAGGAAAUGAUGCGCCAAUCACUGGGAAUACCUUUGGAUGAGCCAGUGGAAGAAGAGCCAGAAUUUGAAGAGCCGGAAGAUGACGAGGAGCAGUUGCUUGAUGAAGAGGAGGAAGAUGCAGGAGAGGUGGAAGAAAUGCAUGAUGAGCUUUGAAACCUGGGAUUGGUACAAAAUGGCUAGUUGUAAUAGUGGCUAGUUCUGUUCAGAGUACUUUGUUCUAUUAAGUGUCUGGUCUAAUUUGAGGUAGGGUAAAUUUUUCAUUUAUCAUGCCCUCUUGGUUUGAUAUUUUAGUUAUAAAUUAACAGUAAAUUUUGCCAUUUACCUAGUCUAUCCAACAAAUGUAUGGGCAAAAUUUUAACGAGUUUAUCAAACCAGUAAAGUCACUUCUCAUGUCUGCCAUAAUUGUGUAUUGCUGUCCUCCAUUUCAUUAUGGAUGAUUGUGUGAAAGUAUCAUUUUUGUAAUAAAAAUGCAAA